UAAUGAUUUCAUAGAUGCUUUGGUAGAUUUUAGUGUAGCCCUGUGUUGCUACACAGUAAUAAGUAGUUCAUAAUCAUAAUUUAUACUUUUUUUAUUAUAUAAUAUUAUUUAACAAUGGUUUAUACAAGUGUUUUGUAUUUGUAUUAUAUUUGACCUGAUUAUAUGAGAGUUACUACUAUUUCAAUAAGAAUACAAUCAAGUUAAUCGUAUCUUAGCGCGGAGUGUGAUUCCGCAGGUUCUUUGUUAUGAGGAUUAGUGCGUCUAAUUAAGGAAAGUUUGUGGCACUGUGGCACAACAAAGCUAGAAGUCAAUGGGUCAACAUUGUGUAAAGUUUUGAGAAGCUAAGUUUGUCAAAUCAGAGUACUGUAUUGCCAGUAUUGGCAAGGACUUGCUAUAGGCAGGGCUAAACGCAGAUAAGAUACAGAGUUGCAUCCUAGCAUGAAGCUUGUGCAAGCUUGAUGUUUGCUGGCAUCUAUUGCCCGGUCAAGUUGGGGCACUCUUCGAUUUCUUAACCGGCAUUAUUGGAUUUCCUUUCCUGAUGGCUCAAUAUGUACAAGUGGGACAGUGUGAAGAAAUAUGGUACAGUCUGCCACCCCGUAUAUUUAUCGCUACUUCAUUGCUGAAUAUGAUUGUGAUGAUUUUUGAUCGAUUUCUUGCCAUUAAAUACCCUCUUCGGUACCGCGUUUGGAUGUCACCUGAAAGAGCAAUUCGAAUUAUUAUUAUCGUUGAUGUUUGUGGUGUUUGUUACGGAGGAAGUGCAUUUUUUUUUGUUUCCUUUGCAAACACCUUUUUGCCACCACCUAAUGUUACGUAUGAAAACAUGACGUAUGAAUACGACUGCUGGGUUUCUGCAGUAGGAAUUUACGGCGAACCUGUUAUCAAAUACUUGUUCCUCCCUUCUUCUGGCUUGACAGUGCUGAUCAUGUUUAUGGUGUAUGCGUAUAUUUACUUAAUUGCGUCAAAGAAAGGAAAAGAGAAUGCAUUACGCCAGGGAAAGAAAAUUAGAAGACGAGAAAUGAAAGUGACAAAAACCACAGCCAUAGUGCUUAUUUCUUACACACUAUGUAUUGCACCAAAUGCUCUCAAAGGCACAGUCUUGGCACACUUUAAUAGUUCCACCGGGAUUAUGAUUUAUAGGUGGUUUUCAGCUUUAUUCCUCUAUGCUAACUCAAUGAUAAAUCCGUUAAUUUAUGCAGGAAGAAGUAAAGAAAUGAGAAAAGAGUUCAAAGAAACAUUUGAAUUAAUCACUUGCAAGGUUUCAUCCGGAUCAGUAAAAGCGGACUCAGAUACAAAGGCACACACUCGUCGACAGUCGCCUAAAGUUGAUUUGGUGACAACGUCGUUAACAAACUUGGCAACUCGUUUCGGACGUCAUUUGGAAACACAGGGGACGCAGUGGCGUAACUAGGUUGUGAGGGGCCCUGAUUCAAGAGCAUAGUCGGGGCCCUUGACGCAAAUUGACUGCAUGUCAUCUAAGAAUUGUACCAUCGAUGGGUUAGAGGAGCAGUGGUCUCCCCGAUUUUUAAAAAUACUAUUUUGACAAAAAAUUUUUAGAUUUUU